AUGACAACCGACUAUCAACCACUCAAUUAUUUCGCUAUUUCUCAAUUUAUCGUCGGAGACAUCGCCUGUCUCAAGGACUACAAUUGGGGAAGAACCGUCGAGGAAAAGCGUGAAAUCUCGGGUCUGAACCCGGGACAUAACAUGGAGAAGGCUUCAAACCACCCGUGUAUAGUCCUGAAGACAAACCGCAAGUACGCCCUUGUUACCACGGUCUCGGCCCACGGGUCGGGGCCGUAUGAUAACUGGCGGUCGCCCUGGACCAGGGGUGGCCACUACAGACAGCGCCGGGACCGUUAUCGGUCCUUUCAAGGAACCGCGAGGUUCAACCUCAACCGGAAAAGCCUCCGUCUCGCGACCGGGGCUUGGCCGAAGCCUCGCGGUUCGUGGGUAAAUGCCGAGCAUGUCUUUCUCGUGCCCGUCUGGUUUUUGGGUGUCUUUAAGAAGGCCCAGAGCUAUGACAGAUACCAGAAGAAGCUUGUCAAUGCCCACAUGGCCGAAGACAGUUUAGAUGACUUGCUUCAGCAAAUCAUCGAGGAUAACUGGCAAUGGACCAGGCUGCUCCAGGAGUUCGAGGAGCUCGGACGCCUAGAGCCGCUCCCUCCUCCCUCCCACCCUCCUGCGCCGGUGGCUCUUCCUCCCCGAGCUCCGGCAAAGGCAUCUCCUCUUCCCCGACCGGCGACUACUACGAAGGCGUCCCCUCCUCCUGCGCUGACGAAGCCAUUGCCUUCCCCUCGUAACUCAGUUAGCUGGGCCCAGGUGGCUAAGGGAAAGAAGAGAUGA